AAAUGGCUAAAACCAUUGAUGACAAUGAUUCAACAACAAUUGAUGGACAACAAUUAUCAUUUCGUAAAAUUGGUGGUUUUGAUGUAUUACAAGAUCGUCCAUUCAUCACUGAUGAUCAAGAAUCAAUAUUGAUUAUUUCGGGAAGAAAAAUACGAAAAUAUCUUGUUAAUAAUGGUAAUUUUAUUAAUGAAUAUCAUUUUGGUAUUGACGCACCAAUCGUAACAAUACAACGUAAUGAUAAUCCAAAUGAAUGUUGGCUUGCAUUCGAAAAUGGUCAAAUCGUUCAAUGGAAUUAUGAUGAAAAUUUUCGUAUCAGUGAAUACCGAAUACCGAUCGAUAAGAAUCGACGAUCCACGUUAACAUAUUAUAAACGUAUUGAUAAUAUUUGUUAUUUUGCAACAAAACAACGAAAAAAAGCAAAUCAAAUGCGAUAUACGCUGCAAUAUUAUCAUCAAAAUGAUCCUGAUAAUCUAAUGCUUAUUGAUCGUUCAUUGAGUUUUUCAAAAAUUAAAUCAAAAAAUAUUGCAUUUGGCCCUGGUGGUCAUCAAUGUGCCAUUAUUCAUCGAAAUCAAUUGUUUGUCUAUGAAAUACCUAUAUCACUAACAAGUCAACGGCAAAUUCAUCUAGAAAGUGAAAGUAAAUUUUUCACAUCAAUUGCAUUUCAUCCAUUUGAACCAUUGUUAGCAACCGGAGAUACGAAUGGGCAGAUUCAUAUUUGGAAUAAUAUUUUCGCUAAAAAGCCACCAAAAUCUGUUUUACAUUGGCAUAGUCAAUCGGUAAUGGAUAUGGCAUUCUCACCGAAUGGUACAAGUCUUUAUUCAGUUGGUAAUGAAAUGGUUUUGGUUAAAUGGAAUCUUGUGGGUAAAAAUUAUGGACAAAAAACAUUCGUUCCACGUUUGGGUGAUAAAAUACAUUUUGUCACUACAGAUACGAAAAAUAAAUUCGUCAUUACAAGUCAUGCUGAUCAAUCAAUACAUGUUAUUGAUACACAAAUGAAUGGAAUACGUACGGUAAUUGAAGGCUUGGCAUUUGCUGGAAAUCGGUCGGCUGGCUUACACUUCAAUCGUCGUCUUGGUGCAAUUACAAUGAAUGGACGUAUUGGCCAUUUACAAUUUUAUUCACCAAUCAGUCAAAGACAAUUAUUUCAGUUUGAUAUUACUGAACAGAAUGUUAUUGUUGCACCAAAAAUUGGUAAAUCACGUGAUCGUUCAAUAAAAAAUCUGGAAGAUAUUGAUAAAGAUAAUUUUAUACCAAUUCAAGUAACAAGAAUAGCUAUAACUGAUGAUGGUUAUUGGAUGGCAACCGCAGAAUAUCGUAAUGAUGGUGAAACAUCACCAGAAAUUCGUUUGAAAUUCUGGCUACUUCAAAAAGCAAAUAACGGUUUUGCAUUAAAUACAACCGUACAUUUACCACAUGAAGAUGAUAUUAAUUUUAUGCAAUUUUCACUGCCACCACCAAAACAACAACAACGAUCAUUUUCGCCAUUACAUUUGGUUACAACAAGUAUGGAUAAAACAUUUAAAAUAUGGGAUUUAAAAACCAGUAGUACUGAUGGUAAACAACAAUGGUGGAAUUGUUCUCGAAAUGGAUCAUUAAAUAAUCAUUCUAUACCACGAAUGGCAUCAUUUGCACCGGAUGCAUCAUUAUUGACUGUUUUAUUUGGUUCGAAUCUAGUGACAAUGUGGGAAUUGAAUGGUCAUUCGAGUAUACGAUAUAUACCACGUAUGGAUAUUUUUAAUAUAAUCAAUAAUAGUGAUGAUCAACAACAAAAGUCUAUUGAUAAUAAUCAUCAUAUUAUUUACGUUGGUUUUGGACAAAAAAAUUUUGCACAUUACCUCAUCGAAGGUCAUCGUCAAGGAUUGAUUGUUCGUAAUGUUGUAAGAAAAUUUCAAACAAUUUUUGAAUAUCGUAUUGAUCAGCAACAGAAAAAUGUUUUACCCAUCGAUUCAAUUGUAGCUGAACGUGGAGAGAAUAUUCUAGCUUUAAUAGCUUUGGAUAGUAUUCGAUUUUUAUGUCUACGACAACAGCGAGUCAUUGCUUUUGUUGAUUUAUCGACAAUGAAAAAUUUUCGUGGAACAAUUGUAUCAUCAGUAUUUUGGCCUUCGGAAAUGGUUAUUAAUAAUGAUGAUGAUGAUGAUGGCAAGGGUGAUGAUAUAUUCAAUCGAAAUUAUCUUUGCAUCACAGAUCAGAAUGAAUUAUUUCAAGCAAUACCAAUGGCUCGAAAUAAUAGUGGUGAAAAUAUUCUGGAUGAUUAUUCACAAACCAUAAUGGUUGGUUCACAUCGUGAUUUACGAACCGAAAUAUUUAUUCGAAAUCUUGAUCAACAAAAUAAUCGUUUAGCACCAUUAAUGGCUGCCAACAAGAAUGAUGGUGAUGAUGAAAAAUCAAAUAAACAACAAUCAUUGGAUACGGAAAAAUCGGCUGCUGAAUUGAUUGAAAAAUAUUUUUACAACAUACCUUCACAUGUAUUACCACCGGUUAUGAUUAUGGAAAAAUCAUUUCUUUCGGAUUAUCUUAAAACUUUACAAUUAUCGUCAUCAUCGCCAUCAACAGCGAUGGUUGACAAUGAGAAAAAAGUUGUUGACCAGAAAAGUGAUGAAUCAUCUUCGAAUCAUCACCAUAGUGACAACAAAACUGAUUUCAAAAUUGACAAUCAAAAACUAAAAUUCGAAUCAAAUCAAUUGAUCGAUGAGAAUGGUGAUAAUCCAAUCAAAGGAAAUGAUUUCUUCUGGCUCGAAAAAUAUAUUCGAACAUCAUCAUUGUUGGAUGAUAAUCAGACGAUAGAUGGCGCUGUAGUAGAUUCGAAUUCUUAAAAAUUCAAAUUUUUUUUUUAUUUUGUAAAUUUAAUUUUUUUUCUUUUUUGUUUUUCAAUAAGAAAAUGUGACA